GUGAACAGGAGGGGGGAAAAAAAGAAAAAUUGACCUUUGAAAGCAAAACAGCAGGUGGAGAGCGACAACCAGGCGGCUCAGGACACAACGGGAGUAAAUUCAACACAGGAAAAAUGAAAGUAUAAAUUCUCUUGAACUGAAGAGGGACUACAGAAGGAAUGAGGCCCAACUCUGCCUGUCUGGGUGUCAUUUGAGUGUUGAAGUGCACACGAGAGCAGCGUUUGUUUGAGGCAGCAGUCAGGUAAGCCAUCAGAGUCAUGGAGGAGAGGAUAGAGGAGAGGGCAAAAACAAGGCAGGGUCGACUGACAGCCCUUCAGGAGCAGCUGAUCUUGGCCCUGCUGGGAUCUGGACUGUCCCGGGACGUCCUGGUCCAGGCCUUGGGAGAGCUUGAGCGAGACAGAGCAAGCGCUGGGGUCGAGCGGGGAGACAGGGGGGAUGGAGAGAGCUCCGAGGAGGGAGAAAUGGAUUUCCCACCACCCAUAUUCCGAGAGCUGGAGAAGCUUUCCCCCGAGGAGGCAGCCAAACUGAGGGCUGAAGUUGACCAGCUUCUGCAAGGGGAUCCCUGGCAUGUUGCAAAAAUGGUUAAGAGCUACAUGCAGCAGCACAACCUCCCUCAGAGAGAGGUGGUGGAGUCCACAGGAUUAAACCAGUCCCACCUCUCCCAGCACCUCAACAAAGGCACACCCAUGAAGAACCAGAAGAGAGCCUCUCUGUACACCUGGUACGUCAAGAAGCAGUGCGAGAUCAGUCAGCAAUUUACAAACGCCAAACAUGGGCUUGCAUCUGCCGAGGAGCAGGGGGAGGAAACCAAGAAAGGUCGAAGGAACCGGUUCAAAUGGGGUCCAGCAUCUCUGCAGAUCCUCUUCCACGCCUAUGAGCGACAGAAGAACCCCAGCAAGGAGGAGAGGGAGGGGUUGGUGGAGGAUUGCAACAGGGCUGAGUGUCUGCAGAGGGGGGUCUCUCCCUCCCAGCUAGCUGGUCUGGGCUCGAACCUCGUCACUGAGGUCCGAGUGUACAACUGGUUCGCCAACCGCCGCAAAGAGGAGGCCUUCAGACACAAACUGGCUCUUGACACACCUUACCCAAACCAAUCUACCUCCUCCUCGCACCCCAACCUCCCGCCGAGUCCUGAACACGGUGUGAAGUAUGGCCAGCAGAUCCUGUGUGACACUGUGAGCUCAGGAAGAGGCAGUGUAGGAGAGAGAGUGGGACGCCUGGUGGUCAGCCCCGUCCAACUGGAGCCCAGCCACACACUCCUCGAGACACACAACCCCAAACAGGUGUCCAGCAGUGGUCUGCUGCCCCCUGUAAGCACUCUGACCUCGCUGCACAGUCUGUCCGCCUCCCCCGCCUCCUCACAGAGCCUCAUCAUGGCCUCCUUACCCAGCAUUAUGAGCCUGGGGGAGUCCUCGCUUCUCAUUGGUUUAGGAUCAAUGCAGCCUCAGUCCAUGCCUGUUAUCAACAAUGUUGGAGCCGGUUUCACCACUCUACAGCCGAUCUCAUUCCAGCAGCAGCUUCACGGUUCACCCCAGCAGCAGCUAUCCCAGCAGCUCCACAGUCACAUGGGGGCCAGUCCGUUCAUGGCCACCAUGGCACAGCUGCCAUGCCACAUGUACAACAAGUCUGACUCGCCCCAGUACCAUCCCUCCAGUCUGCUGUCUCAGGCGAUGGUCAUCACUGACAGCAGCAGCCUGGGGACGCUGACCAGCCUCGCUGCAGUCAGACAGAUUCUAACUGCAGACCCCGAGGAACAGACAGACCCACCUUUACAGGAAGACUCUUUACACCUGCAGCCGCAAACACCUGUGCCAGCUUCCUCUGAGAGCCUUGAGCUGUAUCCUGCCUCUGAGUCGACAGAGAGUCAUCAGUCUCAUCUGCUCUCACCUUCCCCGACAGACAUCAGCUCCUACAUCCCUUCACAAAUGGUGUCCACGGCACAGUAGAAGAGCUGUGUCAGCAUAGUGUGCCUCCCUCUCAGCUGAAGCGUGACUGUGUUUUGGAUGGACAGAUACCUCUGCUGUGAAUAUCCAGAAAAACCUGGAGUCAAGGGCCACAGGGAGGAUUAAGCUUUGACGUAUCAAAGACCCUCUGAACUGUAAUGCGUACAAGGAUUGACAUUAGAGAAGAUUCACUUUUUCUAAAUCAUCUGAUAAUCAACACAACAAAUGUUUAUUUUUAUUAAAAAGUUAAGUACUAUGUAGAAAUUGUACUUGUAAAGCAAAUGUUACCUGUAUUUUUUAUGCCACUGCCUUAAAUACUUUUCACACUCUUAAUGAGUAUCUUUCAUAAGAAAGUAAGAAUAAGCAUUAAAAGAUUUUUUUUUCUGAAAUUAAAAAGUUUUUAUUUUGA